CUCUGUCGGGGCAAAAUCCAAGCGUCAACGUCAGCCUACGGACCUUCCUCUGUCAGAAGUCCCUCAACUUCAGCAACCUCCCUCGGUCGCCAACUCCACCGGGACCGGGCCGUCCCGAAGGUCCUCCCUUCUCCAUCUUAUCCCGACCUCGGCGACCGUCGCGCGUCAUUUUUUGUUCUGCUGACUGUCCUUCCUGUCGACUUUUUGAGUACCGGGUCUGAGAUUGCAAAACGGGUCUCUUCAACCAGCUCAGAAAAGCGACCGGUGGGAGCGUGGGGCGUGGGGCGUGGGAGGUUGCCUCCGGUUAGCGGGAAUCGCUUCGCUCCACGAAACAAGAAUCGAAUGAUGUCCGCGCCGUGGUUUUUUCCUGGCUUCCGGGCUCUAGCUUGAAUUGGGAGAAUCAGCAUCUGGUUCUUCCUGCUCUUGAGCAGCUGUUGUCUCGCUGCGCUGUCCAGCUUUAUUCUGUAGACUCUCUGCCUCGUUCGCGGGGCAACUGCGGAUAAGAACCGAAGUAAAUGGGAGGAUUGCGAGCACAGGUCACAUGACACCCACAUGCGCUGAUGCUUUCGUUUUGGCUAGAAAUGGAAAGCGUGUAGUAUCGUACCCUCGGGUCAAAUUACUAGUCGGAGUCUUGUGUGCUGCAGAGUGCUAGUGGCUUCUUAUGCCGAUUAAAGGGAAAUGCUGGUCAUGUAAAAUGAGAAGGGUUUGGCUUCUGCUGUUGCCAUUUUUGUUUCUUGGAGCGUUUCCCUCUGUUUUUAGCAAGAACGUUACUUCAAGACCUGCUGCCGUGAAUGUUGGAGGCGUUCUCGUAUUCGAUUCCACCAUUGGAAGAGUCGCCAAGAUUGCCAUCGAGGAAGCUGUGAAGGAUGUCAACUCUAAUUCCAGCAUCCUCCCUGGAACCGAGCUCGUCCUCAAGAUGCAAAACACCAACUGCAGUGGGUUCUUUGGCAUGGUUGAAGUUCUGCAGUUCAUGAAGAAUGAUGUUGUUGCCAUCCUCGGUCCACAGUCUUCCGUGGUAGCUCAUAUUACGGGCCUUGUUGCCAGCGAACUCCACGUGCCUAUGCUUUCAUUUGCGGCCACAGAUCCCACCCUAUCAUACCUCGAGUUCCCCUAUUUUCUUCGAACGACGCAGAGUGAUUUGAAUCAAAUGAGCGCUGUAGCGGAGCUUGUUGAUUUCUAUGGUUGGAAGGAGGUGACUGCCAUUUAUCUCGAUGAUGAUUAUGGCAGAAAUGCUGUGUCGGCAUUGAAUGAUAAGCUAGCGGAAAGACGCUGUAAAAUCUCAUACAAGGUAGGAAUUCAACCAGGGCCAGCUAAACGUGGUGAAAUCAUGGAUAUUCUUGUCAAGGUUGCGCUCAUGGAAUCAAGGGUCAUUGUUUUGCAUGUAACUCCUGAGUCAGGUUUCGAGGUUUUCGCCAUAGCACGCUAUCUCGCUAUGAUGGGUAAUGGCUAUGUUUGGAUUGCCACGGACUGGCUUUCAUCAGUUCUAGAUUCUGCUUCUCCUUUGCCAUCCGAAACCAUGGAUUCUUUGCAGGGAGUUCUCGUUUUGCGUCAACACACCGCAGAGUCAGAUAAAAAGAGAGCAUUUGCCUCUCGGUGGAACAGACUGACUCGUGGCUCCCCUGGCCUGAACUCUUAUGGGCUUUAUGCUUAUGACUCUGUUUGGCUUGUUGCUCAUGCUCUUGAAGCGUUCUUUGAGCAGGGGGGCGUACUUUCUUUCUCUAAUGACUCCAGGAUAAAAUCUAUUGAAAGCGGUGGCCUCCACCUCGAAGAAAUGAGCUUCUUUGACACUGGACCACUCUUAUUAAAGAACAUUCUACAGACUAAUUUUGUUGGUUUAACAGGUCCUUUUCAGUUCAAUUCCGAUAGAUGUCUUAUUCAUCCUGCCUAUGAUAUUAUCAAUGUGGUUGGGACUGGGGUACGACGUAUUGGUUAUUGGUCCAAUUAUACUGGGUUGUCCACUCUACCUCCUGAAGAGCUUUAUGAGAGGGCACCUAACCGUUCUAGCCAGCAGCUCUAUAGUGUUAUUUGGCCAGGGGAGACACUGUCAAAACCUCGUGGAUGGGUCUUCCCAAGUAAUGGCAAGCAAUUACGGAUUGGUGUACCUGAUCGAGCCAGUUUCCGUCAAUUUGUAUCAAAAGUCCGCGGGACAGACAAUAUGUUCAAAGGGUUUUGCAUUGAUGUAUUUGCAGCUGCCGUAAACCUGUUACCUUAUGCAGUUCCAUAUCAAUUCGUUCCUUUUGGAAAUGGUCAUGAAAACCCAAGCUACACAGAUCUGGUGAAUUCGAUCACAACCGGUUUAUUUGAUGCUGCCGUUGGUGAUAUUGCCAUUACUACCAAUAGGACGAAGAUUGUAGAUUUUACACAGCCAUAUGUUGCAUCUGGACUUGUCGUUGUGGCCCCAUUCAGGAAAAUGAACACUGGUGCUUGGGCCUUCUUGCGCCCAUUCACCCCUCAGAUGUGGAUUGUGACCGGUGCUUUUUUCCUCGCCAUUGGGAUUGUCAUAUGGAUUUUGGAGCAUAGGACAAACGAUGAAUUUAGAGGUUCUCCUCGACAGCAAGUAAUGACCAUUUUGUGGUUUAGCUUCUCAACUUUAUUUUUUGCCCACAGAGAGAACACCGCAAGCACUCUUGGUCGGGUUGUGCUAAUUAUAUGGCUAUUUGUCGUUCUGAUAAUCAACUCAAGCUACACUGCAAGUUUGACUUCAAUCUUCACAGUGCAGCAGCUAUCUUCGCCUAUUAAAGGAAUUGAUAGCUUAAUAAAGGGUGAUGAGCCUAUUGGGUUUCAAGUGGGUUCUUUUGCUGAACAUUACUUGACACAGGAGCUUAAGAUAUCUAGGUCUCGACUCAAGCCCCUGGGAUCACCAGAUGCAUAUGCUAAAGCACUGAGAGAUGGUCCAGGGAAGGGAGGCGUGGCUGCUCUGGUUGAUGAACUUCCAUAUGUAGAAAUGUUUCUCUCGACACAAUGCUCAUUUAGGAUUGUUGGUCCAGAAUUCACCAAAAGCGGCUGGGGUUUUGCAUUUCCUCGGGACUCUCCCCUAGCAGUUGACUUGUCAACUGCGAUUCUAGCGCUCUCUGAGAACGGCGAUCUCCAAAGGAUCCAUGACAAGUGGCUGAUGCAAACUAGUUGCCUUUCGGACAGUGCCGAGAUUGAAUCAGACCGACUUCACCUCAAAAGUUUCUGGGGUCUCUUUCUUAUCUGUGGCAUUGCUUGCUUUGUUGCUCUCUUCAUAUACUUCCUGCAGAUUUUGCACCAGCUGUGCACUACCCCUGCCGAAUCUGUUCCAGAGGGUUCAAGCAGCUCGCGCUCUGGGCAUCUCCAGAGAUUUCUGUCGCUGAUGGAUGAGAAGGAAGACCCUUCCAAAAGAAGUAAAAGGAGGAAAGUGGAGAGGGCAUUGUCCGAAAAUGAUAUAGCCGGCAAUCCAGAAAGAGACAAUAAGAGACAAAUGGGAAUUCAGGAUGAGCGGCAGUCAUCGGCCCCUGUCAGCUAAUUUUUGGAUCACCUCUCAGUCAUACAAAUGUAUGAGAUCUUGGAUAUAGAUUUCUAGCCACUUGAACGAACUUUCCUUUUCUUGUCGUCACCACAUUCUUACCAUCCGUCCUAUGUUUCUGUAGGGUAGAAAAUCUGAAAGUUUUGCCAAUAAAAUUGUCAAAUAUCAACGAUAGCGCAAGAUGAAGUUACUGCACAUUUAAGUUGUCAAAGCGGGACCGAACA